CUGUGCGUUUAUCCUGCCAUAUUGUUUUUGUAGUGGAAUGGUCGUCGUUUAUUAAACAAUUUUAUUACGUUGUACUUUAUUAUUUGCCUCGAAGCCAACAUUACUCUAUUUAAUAUUAUUAUGCGUUAAUCCUCAUUACUAUGGAUGUGUUUUAUUUUUAUAAAUUUCGUCCCUAAAUUAUUUGCGGGUUCAAUAUGGGGGGACAAGUGAUUUCAUUUAUUUUAUUGUUUCUGUUUCAAUAUGUUUCUGGCCAGCAUUAUCAGCUUUGCGAGAAUAAUACGAAGAUAACCCGUAGUUGUACAACACAGAUAUUGGGUGAAGAUUAUUCAGAUGAUAAUACUUGUAAAGUAGAAUAUAUACCACCAAAUAGUUCAGACUGUACCGACAAUUUUGGACCCAUUUCUUCCAACUCCCAUAUUGGUGGAGUCAGCCUCAAGCCCUACAUUCUUCCCGUGGUUCACCGAGACAACAGGACUUACUAUUCUGUCAAUUAUACUGUCCUUAAUAUAACAUUUAGUAAUAUAAAAUGGAAAACUAUGAAAUUCCGUUUUCAAAAAUUCAUGAAUGUAGAAAGUCACUGCAGGAAUAUUGUCAUUUCAAAUGAUGUCACCAUAAAUGAACAAUCAAUGCUCUACUAUGACUGCUACUGGUCUCUUACCGAUGGUGAUUAUAAUGGUCAAAGUCACAUACUCGAUUUUGAGGCAACUGAUGAUGUAGUAGUAAACAGAGGGCGGUACAAUUUCAACAUACCAUCUGCGGAAAUGUUAAGUCCAACCAUUAGUGAAAAAGAUUGGAAGCCAUUUGUUUACAUAGAAAUACUAACAACCUCAAUGAAGUUACAUAUAAUGCCUCCUCCGUCACAGCUAAAGAUAACGGCAUAUCAAAUUGAAGUUAUGAAAGAGUGUAAUAAAGGAACUAAGUGCAAAGAAGCAGUUAAAAGCACAACAAUCAAGUUAAGAAACAAUACUCAAGAAGUUACAUAUGAUUACAGUUUAUUAAUAAGCGCCGGAACAUAUUUCUUUGUAGUUACACCAAUACAUGAAAAAUGUAAAAGAGGCCAAAUUAAAUGUCAGUCUGUAGAGAGUCCAAGGAUAAUUAUUAGUAGUGAAGUUCAUCAGAAAUUAAACAUCUGUAUUGCUAGCAUCACGGCUCUGGUUGUGGCAACACUGUUUGCUUACUAUAUUGUUCUUCGUGUAAUCCGUCGCUAUUGGUGCAAGGAGUAUGGAGAGAAAAUUCCACCUCCACCAAAAGUUCUGGUAAUCUAUUCACCAGCGAACCGUCUCCAUGCUGAAUGUGUAGCUUCAUUUGUUGCUUACCUUCGGUCGGAAUAUGGCUUCGAUGUGAUGUAUGAUGGUGAUAUCUCCAAAACAUCUCACAGUGAUCCAGUUAUAUGGGCAGAUGAAGCACUUGAACUAGCUACUCAUGUAAUAUACAUAGUAGGGCCAGCAGAAAACACAAAUCUAUACAACAACAUUUAUGACAAACCCAUAAUAGCACACAAGGAUGUUGAUCUCAUUCUUCUACAUCACUUAAAAGGUGCCAGAGUAUCAAGCUGCUUAAAAGUCAUCAAUGUCUUCUUUGAACACUCGAAUGGCAGAGUACCGAAUGAAACAAAACACGAUAAACCAUUCUUUUUGCUCAAGGACUGGCAAAAAUUAAUUGCAUACUUGUCAAAGAAUUUGCUACCCAAGAAGCAGAUAAUGCGGACAGAGAGAGGACGUUGCUUCCUGGAAGACUUAACAAGGGCCAAAGAGUUGCUUAAUGGAAGAAAUGAGGAUGUUAUAAUCAGAUGUGAAAAGAAUUUAAUGGAGAAAAAGGUACUAUUGUAAUUGAGCAUACGAGGAAAUAUCUUUGUUAUAUCAAAAGGUAUAAAUGUCAUAAUAGCAUUAAUCUUUUGUUAAUAAAUGUGAAUUAAUCAGUUUUUAGAAAUAAUAAUUGUUUGUUCCUAAAAAUAAUAUCAAGUAUUUCAGAAGAAAUAUAUAAUAGAGAGAUGAUCUAUAAUUUUAAAGCAUUUCUUCUAAUUUAAUAGAUUUCUUUGUAGUGGAUCUUAUGGAAAUAAAAUUUAUAUAAUAUAUAUAUAUGGGGAAUUAAUUGUUGAAGACAAGUGUUGUUUGUGAAUAAAUGUGAUUUGGACCUAACACUGUUGAAAUAAAGCAGAAGUGAUUUUAGAAGUGAGAACCGUUUUGUUUUUUAAAGCACAAGUUAUUAGUUUCCAUGGUAUUAUUGAUAAAAUGUUGUCUAUUUUUAUUGAUAUGUGUAAUAAUUUGAUAUAAAAAUAUUCAAUGUAAUGAUAAGAUGUUUUGUGUAUUAUUAUAAUAUUUUUCUAUGUAAGCAAAUUACACUGACUGCUUAAUUAUCUCGAUCACAUAAAUAUUGUUGUAAUUCGAGAAUAUUUUUGUGGUUAUAUAUAAUUGUUAUGUCUACCCAGUUAUUUAAUAUAGACAUUUAUAAGCCACGCCUCCCGAUAUAUUAAAUAGACCCCACAGUUUAAUAUAAUCCUUUUCUUUUUACUUGUUUUAUGAAACAAAAUUACUUUUAACUUCUACUGCUAUAAUUAUAACAUAAUAUUGUAUUCUGUACCUGAUGUUGCAUUUUGUCUAGUCAUUGUUGUGCUGAAAUUUUUUUUUUUUUUUUUUUCUUUAAUGUGGGCAUACAGAUUGAGACAAUUUAUAGCAACCCUGUUGAUUCUAUUGAGAGAUGUUCGGUGGUAUCCAUAUGAUUAACGUGGAAUAUUUUUGUUAAUCUUUAUAACUAAGAUAUUUUAAGAGCAGAUAUUGUCCUGUUUUUAUAAGUAUGUGUACUUUGAAUGAAUAGAUAUAUAUAUUAGGGGUGGUGUGGUUUAUAUACCCCGCUACUUGUAUUACUUAUAUGAUGAAGGUAUAUUAAUAUUAUCUGUUGUCUUAUUGUAAGUAUUUCGAACAAAAUGUUAUCAAAAUCUUGGCACUCUUUUGUCAUAUUUUCAUACUAUUUCUACCGUAUAUAUAUUCCAAAUGCAAGUCCAUAGCUUAUAGCUUUUGCAUACAGUCCAAAGACAUUAAAACAUUAAGAUAAACCUAUGGCUUUCCUUUCAUUGAUAAUACUUCAAAAAUAGUCUUUAUUAGAUGUUAUUAUCAGGAAUUUUAAUGAAUAUUUUAUGUGUAGAAUAAUUUCCUUGCUUUAAAUUGGUGUAUUCGAUAAUUUAGUGCCAUAGGACUCUUGAAUGUAUGUAAAAUAUUUUUUAUAAAGGUGAUUUCGGCUGCUCCAUUUGUGAUAGGGUUACAAAAGUGAAAUAACUAUUCUGUAUUAUGAAAAGUUAUUUAAAGAUAGAUGCUUAAGAAAUAUCGUGGAUGAAUAAAAAUUUGUGUCACGUGUAUAGUUAAAUUACUGUGACAUUGAUCGUUUAUCAUCUGUAUCCAAAUGAGGCGGCCACAGUUAAUGUCCGAAACUUUCUUAAGUACCUAUAUUCGUCGUUGAUCUCAAUUCCAAACUGUUGGAGUGAACGUGUUCUAUCAUUAUACAGGACUUUUAAGCUCAAUAUAUACUUUGUGAUGUAUUUUUGUAAAUAAAAUCUUAAAUAAU